AUGGCAACCGCAGACGGUGAAACCCCACUCGCUGAAACAGAAGAAGAGAAGACUGUAGCUGAGAAGGCUGAAGUAGUGGAAAGUGUCACCUCUGAAGGCGAUUCUGUUGCUACCGCUAAAGCAACUGCUCCUGACACUGAAGCUGCGCCACCUACUGUGGUAGAGAUUCCAGUCCACGUCACAGAAGCGGAAGAACUGUUCAAAACUUUGACCUCUGCCACGGAGUGCCAUUCGCUUCUACGCAAGCAUCUUACGCAGGCCAUCUUCGAUAAGAUCAAGGACAGGAAAACCAGCCUUGGAGGGACUCUAGCUGACUGCAUUCGAUCUGGAUGCCAGAAUCUGGACAGCGGAGUCGGUUUGUACGCUUGUGACCCUGAGGCCUACAAAGUGUUUGCCGAGCUUCUGGAUCCGGUGGUCAAAGAUUAUCAUAAGCUGCCGGAGAAGAAGAACAUCCAUCACCCUCAUUCUGACUUUGGCGACCUGGAGAAGCACAAACUUGAAGACCUCGACCCCGAGGGAAAGUACAUCAUCAGUACCAGGGUCCGUGUGGGCAGGUCACAGGAGGGGUACGGGUUCCCUCCCAUUCUGACUGCAGAGUCCCGAAAAGAGCUUGAGAGUAAAGCAUUGGAUGCUCUAAAUAGUCUGGCUGAUGAGCUUAAAGGAACCUACCACCCACUGACGGACAUGGACACGGAGACCCAAGCAAAACUAACUGAAGAUCAUUUUCUGUUUAAUGACAGUGACCGAUUUUUGAAGGCUGCUGGAGGUUAUAACGACUGGCCCACAGGUCGGGGAAUCUACUUCAAUGAAAACAAAACUUUUCUAGUGUGGGUCAAUGAAGAAGAUCACCUGCGACUCAUCUCCAUGCAGAAAGGAGGGGAUAUAGGAGCUGUGUAUAAACGGCUGGUUACUGCUGUGAAAACAAUUGAGGAGAAACUCAAGUUUGCCAGAGAUGAUAGACUUGGAUACUUGACAUUUUGUCCAUCAAAUUUGGGUACAACGCUGAGAGCAUCAGUGCACAUCAAAAUCCCACUACUGGCGGCCUCCGACAAGUUUAAGUCCUUGUGCGAUAAACUGAAUCUACAGGCUAGAGGCAUCCAUGGAGAGCACACAGAAAGUGAAGGUGGUGUCUAUGACAUCUCCAACAAACGACGUCUAGGCCUGACAGAAUUUCAGGCAGUUCAAGAAAUGUACAGUGGUGUCAAGGAGAUUCUCAAGCAAGAGAAAGAGCUAGCAUGGCGGCCUGAAAAUGUUGAUGAGAUGUUUGAACAUCUGAGUAAAGCCAAGAACUGCAAGUCACUGCUGAAGAAACAUCUGACCAAGGAUAUCUUUGAGAAACUCAAGGACAAAAAAACAUCACGGGGAGCUACUUUGGGCGACUGUAUCAUAUCAGGUGUCCUAAAUCUGGACAGUGGGAUUGGUCUGUAUGCUGCAGACCCUGAAUCAUAUACGGAAUUUGCUUUGCUCUUUGACCUUGUCAUUAAGGACUACCACAAGCUGAAACCAAGUGAUCCCAUCUCACACCCAGCAUCUGAUUUUGGGGAUCUUGAAAAUCUUGGCUUCACUGACCUGGAUCCAGAAGGACAGUUUGUUGUUUCCACACGAAUUAGAGUUGGGAGGUCCCACAAAGAUUUUGCCUUUCCCCCCAUUCUUCAAAAGGAGGAACGCAUUGAUAUGGAAAGAAAGUCAGUAGAUGCCUUACUUAGCCUGACAGAUGAGCUGAAGGGGGAAUACCAUCCCCUGGAAGGAAUGACCAAAGAAACCCAGGAACAGCUGACCAAGGAGCAUUUCCUUUUUAAUGAUAGUGAUAGGUUCUUGAAAGCAGCAGGUGGCUACAAUGAUUGGCCUUCGGGACGAGGUAUCUUCUUCAAUGAAAAUAAAACUUUUCUGGUGUGGGUGAAUGAAGAGGACCACCUUAGAAUCAUCUCAAUGCAGAAGGGUGGAGAUAUUGCAACUGUCUACAAACGACUGGUCACUGCUAUCAAAUCUUUGGAAGAAAAACUCACUUUCACCAGGGAUGACCGCCUGGGAUAUUUGACCUUUUGCCCUUCUAACCUGGGCACAACUCUGAGAGCAUCAGUUCACAUUAAGAUCCCACACUUGUCAGCUCGCAGGGACUUCAAGUCAACAUGUGAAAAACUCAAACUUCAAGCAAGAGGAAUUCAUGGAGAGCACACAGACAGUGAAGGUGGAAUUUAUGACAUCUCAAACAAACGAAGAUUAGGUUUGACUGAAAAUGAAGCAGUGAAAGAAAUGGUAGCAGGUGUGCAAGAAAUCAUCAGACUGGAGAAGGAAACUGCUAAUGGAAAAGCAAAGUCAUGCAGUCUCUUGUAA